GGCCACGUUGCCCAGUUAUCCAUGACAACCAGAGCCGGUGGACGUGGAAACGCUGGGCUGCAGUCAGAGAGUCGCCGCUGGAGGCCACAGAGGCACAAAGCCUCCAGAGGUUUCCAGCGCUGCUCUUUGUCCGGCACUCUCUCUCCUCCUGCGCCAAGAAAUCCGCGCACACACACGCACACGCCCGGGUGCUUCACUGGUGCUGUCAAUCACGUCCACACACGGACAGGAAGUGACCUCGUCCCUCAGAUUGGCCGCCAAAAGUAGCAGCUGACGAUCCGGGUCGGAGCUGAUUCAGUUCACCUACUCUCGGACCGGGCCAGCCGGGCCUGGAGGCAGGAGGCGCUGAUGGGAGUCAGAGUGGCCUGUGACUUUGCUUGGUCUGGGGUCAGCAUCUGAAAGUGGACCUUUGGACAAAGUAGGCGCAGGACGUCGGCGCCUCCUUGUGAGUUUGAGGUUGAUGGUUCAGAUCCAUGGAACCAACGGGAACUCAACGUCUCCUGAGCAGAACCCCUCCCCGAAGACUGGACCCCAGCCCCUCACCCCGACUCGCCGGGACAGAAAGGUUCGCACACGACGCCAACCGACUCCACCUCCAUGUUUUCGCGCCGUCCCCGGCUGCACUUCCAGCAGUCAGCCACUGGCCGGCGCUGUUGCCGCGCCCAGCCCCUCUCCGGCCUCUCUCUCUCCCUGCCUCCCUCCCUCCCUCCCCCUCUCUCUCCUGGCCCGCUCUGGCCUGCCUCUCCGCCGCCUCUCUGCCUCAGCCAACCCGGUCCGUGCCGAGCUGCUCCCUGCGGGAUCAGAGCGCUCCCCCGCCGGGACCCUUCUCUCACAUCCCCCUGCUGGGACGCGGCUCCAGCCAAAGCUGCUCCGCUUAGUAUGUGUGUGUGUGCGGAGGCAGGAGGAGGCGGAGGAGCGGGGAGGCAGCUCCACACUCAGGACAAAGAAGGAGCGCGGAGACGCAGAGCCCGGCUGCUGGGGGAACAUCGGCUCCACCGCAGAAACGCCGGCAGCUCGCGGACACCCCUUCACGGCGGCAGAGAAGAAGAAGUAGUCCCCUCGAGGCGGAGGAGUCCGCGCCGCCGCGCAGCCACCGGAGCGACUCGCGAGGCGGAGGAGGAACUUUUCUAGCUCCGGAACCGGCUGUCGGUACCGGAGUGAGAGUCGAGGCGGCCAGAGAACUCGGCUCCUCCGGCAGCCGCUUGACGGGACCGGAGCUGCCGCAUUGCAACAGGCGGAGAAGCCGCAGCAGGAGCGGGAGAGGAGGCGGACGGAAGCCCGAGAGUCCGCCCGCCGGGCUCGCUGAAAACACGGAGCGGAACCGGUACCGGCACAGACGCGCCAGCGGACCGGAGAUGUCCAGACGAAAGCAGGCAAAACCGCGUUCCGUCAAAGCGGUGGAGGAGGGAGACGGCGAGUGUGGAGCCACCUGGGACGAGGCCGGCGCCCGCACAGAACCUGCGGAGCCAGAUGCCGAGCUCAAAGACGGAGCAGAGGAAGGGGAGGAGCCGGAGGACGACCUGGACGACGAGCCCAUCUUCACCUGCGACAACUGUCAGCAGGACUUUGACUGUCUGGCUGAGCUCACGGAGCACAGGACCCACCACUGCCCGGCAGAUGGAGACGAGGACCCGGGCGGCCUCUCCUGGGUUCCGUCCUCGCCCUCCAGCAAAGACGUGGCCUCACCUUCCCAGAUGCCGGACGGCUGCUGCGACCUCGGCACGGCCACGGGCGGCGAGGAGGAAGGCGGCGCCGGGCUGCCGUACCCGUGCCAGUUCUGCGACAAGUCCUUCAGCCGGCUGAGCUACCUGAAGCGGCACGAGCAGAUCCACAGCGACAAGCUUCCCUUCAAGUGCACCUUCUGCAGUCGACUCUUCAAACACAAGCGGAGCCGGGACCGACACGUCAAGCUGCACACAGGAGACAAGAAGUACAGCUGCCAGGAGUGCGAGGCUGCAUUCUCUCGCUCCGAUCAUCUCAAGAUUCAUCUGAAGACUCACAGCUCCAGCAAACCCUUCAAGUGCAGUGUGUGCAAGCGCGGCUUCUCGUCCACGUCCUCCCUGCAGAGUCACAUGCAGGCUCACAGGAAGAACCGGGAGCACCUGGCUCUGCGCGCCGAGAAGGACGGAAGCAGGAAGGGCGCGGACGGAGACCUGGAGCAGGACCUGUACAUGUGCGACUACUGCGAGGAGACCUUCAGCCAGACGGAGGAGCUGGAGAGGCACGUCCUGACCCGCCACCCGCAGCUGUCGGACCGGGCCGACCUGCAGUGCAUCCACUGCCCGGAGAUCUUCUUGGACGAGGCCUCGCUCCUCACGCACAUCGAAACGCAGCACGCCAACCGCAAACACAAGUGUCCCGUCUGCUCCGAGCAGUUCCCCUCGGUGGAGGACGUCUACUGCCACCUGGACAGCCACCGGCAGCCGGACUCGUCCGUGCACAGCGCGGCCAGUCCCGACCCACCGCUGGGCAGCGUGGCGUCCAUGAGCUCGGCCACGCCGGACUCCAGCGCCAGCCUGGAGAGAGGCUCCACGCCGGACUCCACCCUGAAGCCUGUUCAAGGGGACCGAGCUCGCCGGAGAGGAGGCGACGCCGCCGAGGAGAUGGGGAUCAGUCUGGGUCACGGUGGAGGCAGCUGGACCAAAGUCACCUACUCCUGUCCGUACUGCUCCAAGAGAGACUUCCACAGCCUGGCCGUGCUGGAGAUCCACCUGAAGACCAUCCACGCCGACAAGCCGCAGCAGAGCCACACCUGCCAGCUGUGCCUGGACACGCUCCCCACGCUCUACAACCUCAACGAGCACGUGCGCAAGGCCCACCGUGCCGGCGGCGGCGGCGGCGCCACCUUCCCGCUUCUGCAGUUCACCAACGUCACCGCCUUCCACUGCAACUACUGUCCGGACAUGUUCGGAGACAUCAACUCUCUGCAGGAGCACAUCCGGGUGUCGCACUGCCUGCCGGGCGGCAUGGUGGCCGGCUCCACCACCUUAGAGGGGAACCACGCCUUCUUCUGCAACCAGUGCUCCAUGGGCUUCCUGACCGAGUCGUCGCUCACCGAACACAUCCAGCAGACGCACUGCGCCUCGGCUGCAGGGGGCGCUGCCUCUGGAGGGGCCGGGACCAAACUGGAGUCGCCGGUGCUGCAGACUGGAUCGCAGUCCUUCAUGGAGGUCUACUCCUGCCCGUACUGCACAAACUCCCCCAUCUUCGGCUCGCUCCUCAAGCUCACCAAACACAUCAAGGAGAACCACAAGAACAUUCCGCUGGCCAACAACAAGCGGCAGGCCAAGAUGGCCGAGCUGAGCCCCGCCUCCUCUGACGUGGAGAUCUCCUCCCCCAAACGCCAGCGGCCAGGGGGCGAGUCCACUCCGUCCGCCGGCGGCAACGGGGACUACCCCUGUAACCAGUGCGAGCUGCGCUUCUCCAGCUUCGAGGGCUUCCAAGCCCACCUGAAGUCCCACCUGGAGAUGCUGCUGCGCCGCCAGUCCUGCCCGCAGUGCAACAAGGAGGACUUUGAGUCUCAGGAGGCUCUGCUGCAGCACCUGACGCUCCACUACACCACCACCUCCACCCAGUACGUGUGUGAGAGCUGCGACAAGCAGUUCUCCUCGGUGGACGACCUCCAGAAACACCUUCUGGACAUGCACACCUUCGUGCUCUACCACUGCACGCUCUGCCAGGAGGUCUUCGACUCCAAAGUCUCCAUCCAGGUCCACCUGGCAGUCAAGCACAGCAACGAGAAGAAACUGUUCCGCUGCACGGCCUGCGCCUGGGACUUCAGGAAGGAGACGGACCUUCAGCUGCACGUGAAGCACAGUCAUCUGGGUCAGAGGUCGGGGCUCCCUGGAGGCCUCGGAGCAGGACUCAAGCCUCGGAAGUGCAUCUUCUGCGGGGAGACGUUUGGGACGGAGGUGGAGCUUCAGUGUCACAUCACCACUCACAGCAAGAAGUUCACCUGCCGCUUUUGCGGCAAGUCCUUCCACGCCAUCUCGCUGCUGGAGAGACACCUGAGGGACAAGCACUGCAUCUUCGAUGGUGGGAGCGGCAACGGCGGCACCGGCACCGGCAGCCAGAACGGAACUCCCAACGGACUCACGCAGUCUGCCAAGCGAGGCGGAGCAGGCAAUGGGAGCUCGGGGGCCACGGCGGCCACAACAGAGCAGACGGACCUCCAGAACAUGCUGAUGAAGAGCGGAGGAGGGGAGGCGGCCAACAGCCACGAGGCCAGCGGCGGCGAGGAGGAGCUGGACAACUCGGAGCCCAUGUACGCCUGCGACAUCUGCGGCGCUGCCUACACCAUGGAGUCGCUCCUGCAGAACCACCGGCUGAGGGACCACAACAUCCGGCCCGGGGAGGACGACGCCGGAUCCAGGAAGAAGAAGGCGGACUUCAUCAAAGGGAACCACAAAUGCAACGUCUGCUCCAGAACCUUCUUCUCUGAGAGCGGGCUCCGGGAGCACGCUCAGACCCACAGAGGGCCCGCCAAGCACUACAUGUGUCCCAUCUGUGGGGAGCGCUUCCCGUCGCUGCUGACCCUGACGGAGCACAAGGUGACCCACAGCAAGAGUCUGGACACGGGAACGUGUCGCAUCUGCAAGAUGCCCCUCCAGAGCGAGGAGGAGUUCAUCGAGCACUGCCAGAUGCACCCGGACCUCCGCAACUCCCUGACUGGCUUCCGCUGUGUGGUCUGCAUGCAGACGGUCACGUCCACCCUGGAGCUGAAGAUCCAUGGAACCUUUCACAUGCAGAAGCUGUCCAGCGGGGCGGCGCUGGGAGGAGGGGGGAACGGCGGCAGCGGCUCGGCCUCCUCCUCCCCCAACGGUCAGCUACAGCAGCACAAGCUCUACAAGUGUGCCUUCUGCCUGAAGGAGUUUAAAAACAAAGGGGAGCUGGUGAAGCUGGACGUCAACGGCCUGCCCUACGGUCUGUGUGCUGCGUGCAUGAGCAGGGGAACCAACGGACAGAGUCCCACCCAGGCCGGCCCGCCGACCCCCGGAGACCAGCCGGUAGACAAGAGCGGGCUGCGCUGUCCGGAGUGCGGGGUCAAGUUCGAGAGCCUGGAGGACCUGGAGGCUCACGUUCAGUCGGACCAUCCCGAGGUCAGCCCCGAGACGUCGGCCGGGAAGAAAUCCGAGGCUUCGCCGGCGCCCAAGAAAAAGACCUACCAGUGUAUCAAGUGUCAAAUGACGUUUGAGACUGAACGAGAGAUCCAGAUCCACGUGGCCAAUCACAUGAUCGACCAGCCCACCUGUCGGCCAGAGGAGGGCAUCAACCACGAGUGCAAACUGUGUAACCAGAUGUUCGACUCGCCGGCAAAGCUGCUCUGCCACUUGAUAGAACACAGUUUUGAAGGAAUGGGAGGAACCUUCAAGUGUCCCGUCUGCUUCACAGUCUUCGUCCAGGCCAACAAGCUCCAGCAGCACAUCUUCGCCGUCCACGGCCAGGAGGACAAGAUCUACGACUGCUCCCAGUGUCCGCAGAAGUUCUUCUUCCAGACGGAGCUGCAGAACCACACGCUGAGUCAGCACGCGCAGUGAGGCCCGGGCCCGGCAGGAUCUUCGGGCUGAGCCGGGGCCCCCGACCCGGCGCCGGCAGGAGACCCGCAUCUCCACAUCACAGCCAAUCAAAGUGUCAUUUGCUCCUCACAUGUAAAAGUGUAACGACGGCGCGGCUGGACGCGGCCAUUAGCCGCCGCGGGGCCACCGCCGCUAAUGACAAACGCGAUUAAAUAAGCGCCGGAAAAGUCCCCAACGCUGAGAGUCGGAGGCAGAAAAGUUGAAAAAGGUAUUGUACGUGCAGUAUUUUUUAUUGUCCCUGCCAAAUCCCCCACAGCGCCCCCCUCCCCCGCCCCCUCCCUCCCGCUCAUUUUGAGUUUCUACAGAUAGACUGAUGUUUUAUUUUGGCUAGAAGACGACGACUCCGCUGCUCCUCCAUCUUCUGUCUGUCUUUUCUUUCCUACCUUUGUUUUCUCCACCGUCUGUAGCUUCUGUGCCGUGAUGUGACCGAUGCUGCCCCCCCCCCACCUUCUUUUCUGAUCACUGUUAUAUAUAUAUUUUUCCUUUUUGUAAUUAUGAUGAGAAUAAAAGAAAGUGCAGAAACAGGUGGCUGUGGCUGUGUUUCCUCGUGAGGCCGAUGAAGACCUGACCUCAUCGUCGUCGUCAUCGCAGACGCUCAGUGGAGCUCUUGACUCUGACGCUGUGACCCAGCGAGGACCUUGGAAGCAAAGACACCGCUGGAGAACUUUCUCCUGA